UAUAUAUAGACCAACAAGUAUGAGUACUCACUCCAGUAUUUCUCCUUAACCAUAACCAAAAAUGGUGGUUGCGGCUUCUGGUUCUGCUCCUGUUACAGCUAAUUUUACUGAAAUGAAGAGCUUCGCCGGCCAAGUCAUCACCGGCCGGUGGUUCAUGAUCUUUGCUUCAUUACUAAUCAUGGCUGCCGCCGGUGCUACCUACAUGUUCGGUCUCUACUCCGGUGAUAUUAAAAGGACUCUAGGAUAUGAUCAAACCACCAUCACUCUACUCAGUUUCUUCAAGGACCUCGGAGCAAAUGUCGGUGUCCUCUCCGGACUCAUCAACGAGGUUACUCCUCCAUGGGUGGUUCUCUCAAUGGGAGCAGUCUUAAACUUUUUUGGGUACUUCAUGAUAUGGCUCGCCGUGACCAGAAAAAUCAGCGGCGUUCAUGUCUGGCAUAUGUGUUUGUACAUAUGCAUAGGUGCUAAUUCUCAGGCAUUUGCCAAUACUGGUUCUCUUGUCACCAGCGUGAAGAACUUCCCAGAAAGCCGAGGCGUUGUUCUUGGGAUCUUGAAAGGCUACGUCGGCCUUAGCGGCGCAAUUAUCACUCAAUUGUACCAUGCCUUUUACGGCGACGAUACCAAGGCUUUGAUUUUGUUCAUCGGUUGGCUUCCUGCUGCUAUUUCUUUUAUCUUCUUGAGAACUAUUCGAAUCAUGAAGGUAGUUCGCCAACCUAAUGAGCUCAAAGUCUUCUACAAUUUUCUCUACAUUUCUCUUGGGCUUGCUGGGUUUUUGAUGAUAAUAAUCAUUGUAGAGAAAAGGGUUGAUUUUUCUCAGUCUGAAUAUGGAGGUAGUGCAGCUAUGGUGAUCUUCAUGCUCCUUUUGCCUCUAGUUAUCGUCGCCAUAGAAGAAUCCAAGAUCUGGAAGACCAAGAAACUUGCCAUGGAUAAUCCUCCACCAUUAAAAAAUGUUAUCACAGACAAGCCAAGUCAAGAGACAACCUCAGCAUUAUCAGAUCCAUCAAACAACGACAAAACAUUAGUCACUGUCCCGGAGUCUGACGACAAAACCAAAAUCUCUUGUUGGAAAACAGCAUUUCGGCCGCCGGAUAGAGGAGAUGACUACACAAUACUACAAGCUCUUUUUAGCACUGACAUGUUAAUCCUCUUUUUAGCAACAAUCUGUGGCGUUGGAGGAACUCUAACGGCUAUAGACAACUUGGGUCAAAUAGGAACUUCUCUAGGGUACCCUAAAAGAAGCAUAAGCACUUUUGUUUCAUUAGUGAGCAUAUGGAAUUAUCUUGGUAGAGUUACAUCAGGUUUCGUCUCUGAACAUUUCUUAACCAAGUUUAAAUUUCCUCGCCCAUUAAUGCUCACAUUAAUCCUUCUAUUUUCAUGUGUGGGUCACCUUCUGAUUGCCUUCAAUGUCCCAAGUGGGCUCUAUGUAGCCUCCAUAAUCAUAGGGUUCUGCUUUGGAGCUCAAUGGCCAUUGCUUUUUGCUAUAAUUUCUGAAAUUUUUGGGCUCAAGUAUUACUCUACACUGUACAAUUUUGGGGCAGUGGCUAGUCCUAUUGGGUCAUAUAUACUCAGUGUGAGAGUUGCUGGGCACUUGUAUGAUAAAGAGGCAAAUAAGCAAUUGGCAGCUCAGGGACUUGAAAGAAAACCUGGCCAGGACCUGAAUUGCAUUGGCACUGAAUGCUUCAGGUUAUCAUUCCUUAUUAUUACUGCUGCAACAUUAUUUGGUACUUUUGUGUCACUUGUUUUGGUAGUUAGGACAAGAAAAUUUUACAAGAGUGAUAUUUAUAAGAAGUUCCGGGAGGCUGCUCAGGCAGCCGAGACUGAAAUGGCCAUGGCUGGGAAUGGCGUCGCCGGAAAUGGUGUAGCCGGAAAGUCAAGUGAAGGGAGGUAACUGGAUUUGUGGAUUCAACACAAGGAAGAAGGAGAUAGACAGUAAAAUAAAAUUUUAGAUGUAAUUUAUUAUAAUAUAGUUUAAUAUUUAAAUAUACACAAAAGAAGUAAUUGUUAUAUUGAAUUCUGAGGUGCAAUAGUUGACUUUGGGAUUC